GAUGGAAAGGAGAAAGAACUGUCGGGAGACUCAGCCUGGACAGAGAAGGGAUCGAUGCGCUCGGCGCUCGGUGCUCGGGCGUCGACUGCUCGGCCUACGCACGGCCACGCCCCCGGCCACGCCCCCGAGCCGUCACUGCCGCCCGCCGCCGGCGCGCACAGACGAGAUGUACCGGCUCCUGUUCGCCGCCGCACGGCGCGUUCCGACUGCCGGGCGCCCAGCCUGGGGCAGCGGGCGGCGCGGGACUCGCUGGCGUGCGGGGCUGCCGCCGCUCGGGCCCGGCUGGGCCGGGGGCCUAGGCUUGGGGCUGGGGCUGGCGCUCGGGGCCAAGCUGGCGGGCGGCCUGCGGGGCGCGCCCCCCGCGCUGCCCGCCGAGCCCGAGGCGGCGCCCCCGGCCGAGCCCCCGCCGCCCGAGCCGGGCCUGGGCCCCCGACCCCCGCAGGCCCCCGCGGGCCCCUGCCGACGCUUCGCCAGGGCCGUGGACAGCAGCCGCGACCUGCUGCACCGCAUCAAGGAUGAGGUGGGCGCACCGGGCAUAGUGGUCGGAGUUUCUGUAGACGGAAAAGAAGUUUGGUCCGAAGGUCUAGGCUAUGCCGACGUUGAGAACCGAGUCCCGUGCAAGGCAGAGACGGUCAUGAGAAUCGCCAGCAUCAGCAAAAGCCUCACCAUGGUGGCUCUCGCCAGACUGUGGGAAGCCGGGAAACUGGACCUCGAUGCUCCAGUGCAGCACUACGUCCCUGAAUUCCCAGAAAAAGAAUACGAAGGUGAAAAGGUUUCCGUCACCACCCGAUUACUGAUUUCUCACUUAAGUGGAAUUCGUCACUAUGAAAAGGACAUGAAGAAGGUGAAAGAAGAGAAAGCUUACAAAGCCUUGAAGAUGGUAAAAGAGUCAAUGGCCUCGGACCAAGAAAAAGAGCUAAAAGAGAAAGUCAGCAAAAGCAGUGAAAGGAGUGACUUAGCUAAGGGGAAACUAGAGCAGGACGGUGAGGCCAGAUGCCGGCCUUCGAAACCUGCCAAGAAAAAGAACGACUUUGAGCAAGGCGAAUUAUACUUAAAGGAAAAGUUUGAAAAUUCAAUCGAGUCCCUCAGACUGUUUAAAAAUGACCCUUUGUUCUUCAAACCUGGUAGUCAGUUUCUGUAUUCAACUUUUGGCUACACCCUACUGGCAGCCAUAGUAGAAAGAGCUUCAGGAUAUAAAUAUUUGGACUAUAUGCAGAAAAUAUUCCAUGACUUGGAUAUGUUGACAACUGUGCAGGAAGAAAAUGAGCCAGUGAUUUACAAUAGAGCCAGAUUUUAUGUUUACAAUAAAAAAAGGCGUCUUGUCAACACCCCUUAUGUGGACAAUUCCUACAAAUGGGCCGGCGGCGGCUUCCUGUCCACAGUGGGGGACCUGCUGAAAUUUGGGAAUGCAAUGCUGUACAGUUACCAAGUCGGGCUGUUCAAGGACUCAAAGGAGAACCUCCUGCCCGGAUAUCUCAAGCCAGAAACCAUGGUCAUGAUGUGGACACCAGUCCCCAACACAGAGAUGUCCUGGGACCGAGAGGGCAAAUACGCUAUGGCAUGGGGGGUGGUGGAGAAAAAGCAGACGUACGGCUCCUGCAGGAAGCAGCGGCACUAUGCCUCACACACCGGGGGCGCCGUGGGGGCCAGCAGCGUCCUGCUGGUCCUCCCAGAAGAACUGGAUGCAGAAGCCUUAGGCAGCACGGUCCCGCCUCGGGGCAUCGUGGUCUCCAUCGUCUGUAACAUGCAGUCCGUAGGCCUCAACAGUACCGCUCUGAAGAUAGCGCUGGAGUUUGAUAAAGACAGGUCAGAGGCACCUUAACAUUCCCAGGUGCAAAAUGAGAUGUGGGUGUUUGGUUUUCUCUCUCUCGCUCGCUCGCUUUCUUUGAAACAUUAACUCAAAGUCUCAAAAUACAUGAGACUUUUUUUCUAAGAAUAGGUUUGUAACAGGGUAUAAUCAAAAGCAGACAAUUAUGUACCUCUAAUUGCUUACUUUUGGAACUCUCUUCUGUUGUAGGGUUUAGUCCUUUAAACUCAGGGAAGUAACUACAUCAUUUUUACUCUUUGGAAAAAGUGUUAACUAUCGAAAUAAAAUAUUCUGAUAAAAAAAAA